AUGGCGACUAUUUCUGCUUCUAGAAUGACGAAUUUAGCAAGUACAGCACCACCAGAUCUAAGCGUCUCAUCUUCAGGAAUCUUUGCUGGACCGAGUAGUCAGAAGUUCUCUUCCUCAGAUCCCCCAGCGACGACCGGAGACCAAAACAAAAGCCAGCAUGCAGACAAAAUCCAACAAUCGACUGAAGACGAAGGAUGGCGCAAGAUCGUCCGAAAUUUCACACCAUCAUGGUUCUCUGUGAAUAUGGGGACAGGUAUAGUCUCAAUACUCCUUCAUACCAUUCCAUUCAACGGAAGCUGGCUCUACUGGAUCUCAAUCGCAAUCUUUGCGCUCAAUGUCAUCUUAUUUUGCACUUUCUUCGCCGUCUCUUUUCUCCGAUACACCCUAUAUCCUGAGAUUUGGGGCGCCAUGAUCAGACACCCGGGCCAAAGUCUUUUUCUGGGAACCUUUCCAAUGGGACUUGCUACAAUCAUAAACAUGCUUGUCUUGGUAUGUGUUCCUGUUAUGGGACAUCGGGCAAUACAACUUGCUUGGACUCUAUGGUGGUUCGAUGCUGCAGUAUCUAUAGCUUGCUGCUUCUACGUUCCGUUUGCGAUCAUGACUCUCCAUACAACGUCUUUGAACAAGAUGACAGCCCCUUGGCUUCUGCCAAUCGUAGCACCCAUCGUUGCAGCCGCUACUGGUGCAGUCGUUGCCAGCGUUCUCCCUCCGCAAGAGGCUCUCUGGACUAUAAUCGCGUCGUACAUCCUCUGGGGAAUCGGUGUCCCUACAGCCAUGGUCAUUUUGGUGAUCUAUUUUCAACGGCUCACCAUGGUUUCCUUACCCCCAAUUGAAGUCGCUGUAUCAGUAUUCCUUCCUCUAGGACCACUCGGCCAAGGUGGUUACGGUAUCAUGAAGCUCGGCAAACUAGCACUUAUAGUCUUUCCUGAAACCCACACACUCUCCGAACAUAUGGUUAAUGCUGGCGAGAUACUAUACGUGGUGGGUUGGCUGACUGCUACCAUUAUGUGGGGAUUUGCUCUGGUCUGGCUGUUCUUCGCGGUGAUGAGUGUCAGCAGAAUGAGGUUUCCCUUUAAUAUGGGUUGGUGGGCCUUCACUUUCCCAUUGGGUGUCUUUACAUCUAGCACUCUUCAAAUGGGACGGGAGUUGCCAAGUCGGUUCUUUGAUAUCUUCGGGACAAUUACUGCAACAGCCGUGACGCUUCUGUGGAUCGUUGUUGCAAUAAAAACCAUUCAGGGUGUUGCGAACGGAACGCUAUUCGUUGCUCCGGACCUGGCUUCUCUGAAAGAUAAAUCCAAGGAAACGGAUGUCGAGGCUGGGAUUCCGAGCAAAACUUGA